GACACAUUUCUUUUGUAUUAUUUUUUGCGCUUGCUGACUCGGCUGGCUCUGUUGGAAAAUUUUCAUCAUCACUUUCAACAAUAUACCAAUUUCAACUGGUUUUCUGUAUACCAAUAACUAAUUUUCUAAAACUAAUCCAAACAUUCUAAUAUGCCUCCGCGUCGAAAGGCUCCCAUUGGUCCAUAUUUGAUCUUCAUGCUUGAGUAUCGUAGACGUGAACAAUCGAAAGGCAAAAGUUUUCCCGGAGGAAUGGAACAAAUCAAACAGGAAGCGGCCCCUCAUUGGAACCAGCUUAGCGAUGAGCAACGUGCGGUUUACAAAGAGCGAGCCAAAUCAUACAAAUCGAAGACUGGCGAUUAUGGCGAGAAAUAUACCGCCCAAGGUGUAGCAUUUUCAAAAAUUGACCGAGAAAAGAACGAAUGCUUGACUAAACAAGAUACGAUUAGGAAAUCUAUUGCUGAAAUGAUCCAAACAGCAAGCUGCUAUAACGCGUUGGAUGAAUUGAAGAUGCAUUUCAUUUCGUUCAAUUGUUUCUGUAAAACCUCCGCAGAUAGUUAUAUACCUGCGGAAAUGGCAAUGGUUCGAUACAAUUUGAAGUAUGGAGUGGUGGAUAAACUCCAUGAAUUCAUUAAUCCUGGCAAACUUCCAUUAGGUUUGGCCUACGAAGCGAGGAUACAGAGCGAAGAAUCUCACAAGCUACCGGUGCCACCUGAUUCGAUGGGUGAAACAGACUUUUCCGUCUUGUUCGAUAAAUUGCUUGCUUUCAUUGAAAUCAAAUGCAAGAAAGCUAAACCGUUUCUUCUCUUCACCGAUUCGAAGGAAGUUUCAAUGGUGGAAAACAUCAUCGGACAGCUGUCCGACGAAUCGAAGAUUCAAUACAAUUUUUUGGUGUGCCCACUGGGGGAAUUAUUUUUCCAACUGAAGCGAGAAACGGAAAGAUAUGGGCUUGAUAUAUGCACAUUCCAUUCGAAGGUGAUUGCAGACGUUUUGUUGAGGAAAGAUAUAUAUGAGUUUACCAGGGGAAUUUCGUGCGAAUUCCACGAAAAGCAGGGCAAUGGCAUGAACUGCGCACUAUCCAAGGUUAUCCGUUGGUCGUACACAAUCUCGGACAGCUGUUGUUUGGAUCUGAGCAUCGACCUGAUAGCGGGUCGUCACUUGCCUCAAAACGCUAAUACAACGCUUUGUUCAGAAAUAUCUGAUAAUGAGUCCAAAAUAUGUCCAUCUCAAUCCGAUAGAAUGUCGUUCGUUUCAACGUCGGAUGUGACUCAUGUAACGCUGCCUAAGGUCCAGCGGAUUCAAUCGAGCAGUCGUUCCAUAGAAGAUGACACCGGUUCAACCAUUUGCAGCUCCCGAGCAGGGACAUCCAAAGGGCACGCCAAAUUAAGUGCAGAUAGGAAGAAUCUAAGAAAUCCAUUCUACAACUAUGAUUACGAAACGGAAUCAUCUGUCCUCUCGAUGAGCAGUGUCAGAAGUGACAGCCCACUAACCCGUCGUGUGAAGCUAGAGCAAUCUCGUCAACCGCGGGAUUGUGUUAGCAUUAUUGGACAAGGACGUGGAUCAUUGCUGGGAUUGGAAUGUCAGAUUAAAUCGGCUGGAUCGAAAUCAAGCAUGGCUUUCAAAGGCGCUGGCCGUGGAGUUGGAUUUUCGGGUUCCCUAUCAUCGGUUGGCCCUACAAGUAAGAUCAGCUACGAGGAGGAUGGCAACUGAAGUGUGCUAUUUGGGAAGGUUUCUUCAACAGUCAUCCAGAACAGAAGUAUAAAUUGAAGUGAUUGUUUUUUAAAUUUUGUUUAAUUGAAUUAAACGCAGUCAGAGAACUACA